AUGCAACACCCUUUUAAAGGUGGUGGCAACAAUGGUGGAAGUGAACUCUUCCCUAAACAAAAUGCAUUUAACUCUCAGUUUGAUAACUCAAACAAGAGAUCAAGAAACCAAGAAAGCGUAAACCAUCAAAAGUCAAAACCUUUGACCACCGUAAGUCAAAGGUCCAACCUCCCUGUGAAUAAAGUAGGAAACGGCAACAUAUUCUUCAAGACGCGAAUGUGUCAAAGGUUUCUUGAUGGAAUAUGUGGUAAUGGGGACGGCUGUAGUUUCGCUCAUGGCUCUAGCGAUUUACGUGAUCCACCACCGAAUUGGCACGAACUCGUGAAGGAUAGUAAAGGUGGAAAUGGAGGUUUGCAUUAUAAUGAUGAGGAUAGAUGGAUUCAGCAAAGGGGGAUUUGUAAAAAGUUUUAUUACAGGAAUGAAUGCCCGUAUGGAGAUAAGUGUAAUUUUAGCCAUGAAAGGCCUGCUAAGUUUAGGGCUGAUACAACCAUGGAUACCGAAAGAACAAGAGAAACUUCUAUGAUCAGCAUUCAGACUAUGGUUGACCGUGGUCAAAGUCAAAUUGAUGCUGGUGAACGUGUUGUUAGUGUUGUAAACACUGGUCAAGAUGUUUCUCAGAAGACUAAUAUUUGGAAGCCUGGAACUUGUGGCAAAUGGGAAACAACUAGCCAAAGCAUACAUGCAGGACUUCUUUUUAUCCAUUUCUCGGGACCAAAUACACCAGCGGGACGUGUGGAUGUUGGCAGGUACCCUUCAGUUGCAACAAACACAGUUCACAAUUCCUUUGUCGUGCCAGUGGCCAUUGAUGUUCCCAUGCAACAACAUAUAGGAAGAGGUUUCUUGAAAUUAGCAAAUAGGAAGAUGAAUCGCAUAUAUGGAGACUGGAUUGAUGAUGAAGAAGAUGAGUCGAUCUAA